CCUCUCUCAGUCUGAGGCAGUUGGUUCGCUCCGCUGUGCUGUAUGUGUCUGGGAUGCAGCAGUGAAAGAAAGAGAGAGCUGAAAGAGAGAGAGAGCUGAAAGAGAGAGAGAGAGGGAGGGAGCUGUUAUUUAGGUCUGUUACAGCAGACAGGGAGCAGCUCGCCCUAGGGCAGGGGGAGACGAUAGAGCAACACUGAACUCAGAACAGCACAUUCAGCUACAGAUACAGCCAGGCAGGAACCAGCCCUGCAUUCCAGCUGAGGGGAAGGGAAAAGAGGUAUAGAAACUGAAGUGCCAGCAGGAAAGGAUAGAACAGACGGGAGAGAGAGAGAGAGAGAGAGAGAGAGAGAGAGAGAGAGAGAGAGAGAGAGAGAGAGAGAGAGAGAGAGAGCGCGCGAAGGAACGAAGGAAAAGGUAGCAGCAGGCAGCAACACAUCAACACAAGGGUUUGAUCUGGGACCUUCACUGCUGCUGCUACUGUUGUUGUUGUUGUUAUUGUUGUACUCCGGUAAGGUGACCUAGCUACUCCAGGAACAAGGAAGGAGGGGUACAGCAGCAGGUUUAACCUGUGUGUUCUCAGGAGGUAGGGGCUAGGGAGGGGGUACAGUAAAAGGAGGUUGAAAGCUCCACCACCAUGUUUGACUGUAUGGAAGCUCUGGGGAUGGGCCCACGCCAGCUAUAUGAUGUCACCAGCCGGGGUGCGUGCAUGCUGCGGAAGGCGAGCCCCUUCUUCGCAGGGCUGGACCCCUUCGCUUGGACCGGCAGCGCCAGCGUUCAAUCGGUGGAGACCCAGAGCACCAGCUCUGAGGAGAUGGUCCCCGGCUCUCCCUCUCCACCUCCCCCACCACGCAUCUACAAACCCUGCUUCGUGUGCCAGGACAAGUCCUCUGGAUACCAUUACGGAGUCAGUUCCUGUGAGGGCUGCAAGGGUUUCUUCCGACGCAGUAUCCAGAAGAACAUGGUGUACACCUGCCACCGAGACAAGAACUGCCAGAUCAACAAGGUCACCAGGAACCGCUGCCAGUACUGCCGACUGCAGAAGUGCUUUGAGGUCGGCAUGUCCAAGGAAGGUGAGAGACCGGUGCGUAAUGACAGAAACAAGAAGAAGAAAGACGUGAAGGAGGAGUUGGUGUUGCCAGAGAGUUAUGAAUUGAGUGGAGAACUGGAGGAGCUGGUCAACAAAGUCAGCAAAGCCCACCAAGACACCUUCCCCUCACUGCUGCAGCUGGGCAAAUACCACACCAACUCCAGUGCAGAGCAGCGCGUGCAGCUGGACCUGGGGCUGUGGGAUAAGUUCAGUGAGCUUUCCACCAAGUGCAUCAUCAAGAUCGUGGAGUUUGCCAAGCGCCUCCCCGGMUUCACCACCCUCACCAUCGCUGACCAGAUCACCCUCCUCAAAUCAGCCUGCCUGGAUAUCCUGAUGUUGAGGAUCUGCACCCGCUACACCCCAGAGCAGGACACCAUGACCUUCUCAGACGGGCUGACCCUGAACCGGACCCAGAUGCACAACGCAGGCUUCGGCCCGCUCACAGACCUGGUGUUUGCCUUUGCUGGCCAGCUGCUGCCUCUGGAGAUGGACGACACAGAGACGGGCCUCCUCAGCGCCAUCUCCCUCAUYUCUGGAGACCGUAUGGACCUGGAAGAGCCCCAGAAGGUGGACAAGCUGCAAGAGCCCCUCCUGGAGGCCCUGAAGAUCUACGCACGUCGCAGACGCCCCAACAAACCACACAUGUUCCCCCGCAUGCUGAUGAAGAUCACUGACCUCAGAGGCAUCAGCACUAAGGGGGCAGAGAGAGCCAUCACUCUGAAGAUGGAGAUCCCAGGCCCCAUGCCUCCUCUGAUCAGGGAGAUGUUAGAGAACCCAGAGGCCUUCGAGGACCAAACAGAGAGCAGUGGAGAGAGCUCCCCACCGCCUGCCCCUCCACCCGUUCCACCAGCCUCCUCCAAGCCCCCCGCCACCAUGAAGACUGAGGCUGAGGACGAGGAGGACAGCUGGGGGACAGAGAAUGGCAGCGAGCCUUCCCCAGAGGAAGAAGAUGAGGAUGACUAUGAUGAUGGGGAGGAGGAGGACCGGGACAGGGGCUCGGACAGCGAGGGGGAAUCCUGGGCUCUGGAGGGUAGCAGCGAAGGGGCUAGGAAGAACCAUGCCGGGAGGGCGCAGUGAGGAGGAGAGAAGAUCACAGAUAUGCAGACUCUACACUCAAACACACACACACUAACUGACGUAAUCAAACACA